AUCGCAUCACAGCGCAGCGCUGUUCCUGGGGGCUCGCUCCGUGCUCCUCAGAAGCUAACGUUAGCUAGCAAGCUGUCAAGCUGUCUAGUGGAGAGGCUGGGACGGACGUUUCAGCUUCCCCCUGGCUUGACCACACAAAUCUCCGGCCCAUAAAUUUCCAAGAAAAUCUGUGAAAAUAUACUUAAGAUCGCCAGCUGAGAUAAUGUAAUGCAUCACGGGCGCACGCAAAGAGGGACCUCCGCACUUCCACAAUUUAUAUGAGUCUCGAGUGACGACUGCUCAUUGCUAGCUAGCCUAGCUAAACCGUCGCAGACCCCCUAGUUUCGUCGGUGUACCCUCUCUGGUGUGAACUGAGGCUGUUCGGUCCUUGUAACCUUCGCAGUUUCCGUUGCUGUCAACUGGUAUUUCGGAUAUUUGGUGUUAAGAGAGACACAAUGGGUGCAUUUCUGGACAAACCAAAGAUGGAAAAAUACAAUUCCCGUGGUGAGGGCAACGACCUGAAGUAUGGGCUGAGUAGCAUGCAGGGUUGGCGAGUAGAGAUGGAAGAUGCACACACAGCAGUUAUUGGUCUGCCUCAUGGUCUCGACCCCUGGUCAUUCUUUGCUGUUUAUGAUGGGCAUGCUGGCUCUCAGGUGGCCAAGUACUGCUGUGAGCACCUGCUGGAGCACAUCACCAGCAACUCAGACUUCCAGAGUGCUUUGCAGGAGAACCCCUCCGUAGAUAGCGUGAAGAAUGGGAUCCGCACGGGAUUUCUGCAGAUUGAUGAACACAUGCGAACCAUCUCCGAGAAAAAGCAUGGUGUGGACCGCAGUGGUUCCACUGCAGUGGGAGUGAUGAUUGCUCCAAGCCAUACCUACUUUAUCAACUGUGGCGACUCGCGGGGAAUCCUCAGCCGGGGCGGAGCUGUGCACUUCUUCACGCAGGAUCACAAACCCAGCAACCCUUUGGAGAAGGAAAGGAUCCAGAAUGCCGGUGGCUCAGUCAUGAUCCAGCGAGUUAAUGGGUCUCUAGCUGUGUCUCGGGCCUUGGGAGACUUCGACUACAAGUGUGUGCAUGGAAAAGGUCCGACAGAGCAGCUUGUGUCCCCGGAGCCCGAAGUGUAUGCAAUAGAGAGAUGCGAGGGCGAAGAUGAGUUCAUUAUACUAGCCUGUGAUGGCAUCUGGGAUGUCAUGGCCAAUGAGGAACUGUGUGACUUUGUCAGGUCAAGGCUAGAGGUGACAGAUGAUCUUGAAAGAGUCAGCAAUGAAAUUGUUGACACCUGCUUGUACAAGGGAAGCCGAGACAAUAUGAGUGUUGUGUUAAUCUGCUUUCCUGGGGCACCAAAGGUAUCUCCAGAAGCAGUGAAACGGGAGGCGGAGCUGGAUAAAUAUCUGGAGGGCAGAGUAGAAGAGAUUAUUAAAAAGCAGGGGGAUGAAGGUGUCCCGGAUUUGGUCCAUGUUAUGCGAACGUUAGCAUCUGAGAGCAUCCCUAACCUCCCUCCCGGAGGAGAGCUGGCAAGCAAACGAAGUGUUAUUGAAGCAGUGUACAACAAACUCAACCCCUACCGAAGUGAUGACACAGACUCUGCGUCCACAGACGACAUGUGGUAACACAACCUCCUACCACUAACACAGCAUAGAGUUUACAAACCACCAUCCUCUCAAGACCCACAGCAGCUCAGCUCAGCAGUCUGUCUCUCCGUUACGCUGAGCUUUUGGUUUCUAAGAAGGGAAUUUCAUGGGAGGAGGAGGAGGAGGAGGAGGAGGAAGAAGAAGAAGAAGAAGAAGAAGAGGAGUUGCAUGCACACAAACCUGGAAUAGUGCAGCACCAGUCCACUCUGGAGUUCAGGAUCCCCACCCUCUUGUCGCCCCCUUUUUAUGUUCACCCACUUUAAUAUUUCUCCUCUAAAGUAAUCCAUAACAAUUGAUUCCCCAAGGUUUUCUUUCUUUUUGUUAAAUAAUCAGCUUAAGUAGUCAGAUUUGUUUUUUGAUUUUUUUUGCUGUAAUUAAUUUGAUUCACAUUUCCUUGUGUGUGUUUGUAUAUUUCUGUUUUUGUGAAGUGCAAUUGUCCUGUACAAACAGCCUGUAUUUAAUGCAGCUUGAUUUUAAGUUAAAAAAUGAAAGAAAUGAAAAAGAGAAUCUUUUAUGCACUAUCUGCCUUUUCCUGCUCUUCUGGAAUUGUAACAAAAGUCUAUUCAGUGAAUAUUACUGCUUGUCCUCCAGGCACAAUGUCUCUGCGCUUUUACUUUACCUUUUUAUUAUUUUAUUUUUUAGUUAGUCUAUGCUCCUUUUAAAAAAAGAAACGGGUAAAUUGUAUAGUUGACAGCACAGUAAGCUCUCUAUAUCAAACCAUUUAAAUCCUAAUUAUUUUUUCCCCUGUGCUUUUUUUAUUGUAUUUUAUUUUUGUAAGUGGUUUUCUCUACAUGCUCAAAUAAUAAUUGCAAAGUGUUUCUCAGUCAUUUUGGAAGUUUGAAGUGACUAAUCUUUUUAUUUUUGUUCAUUUCUUCGAGUCAUUUGAUGAAAAGAAAAAAAAACAAAAAAACACCCUGUCAACACGUGUUCCUGUGCAAAUAGAUACGUGCAAGCGUGAGCAGGUGCUCGUGUCUAUGUAUGUGUGUCCGUGUAAAGGCAGAUCUGUGUGUGCAACUCUAAUUUAAAUUAGCUCUGGUGGUUCAGACGACAGACCAGCCUGGAGUUUAAGGGAACUGCUCUCUCAAUGCUUCCCCAUUGUCUGACCUGUUUUCAGCCAGUGUUCCAUAUCAAACCCGACAUAAGCUUUCACUACUUCUUAUUCCAAAAGGCUUUGGAUAACAGAGUUUACAUGCUGUUAUGCUGUUUGAACAACUUCAAGCUAUAUGUCAGAACUAUACAGUAACCUGAGAUGACACAAGUAGUUCAGUUAACCCAUGGUGUACAAUGCAUCCAAUCUAGUCGCGUCUAGACUAGUUUACACAUCGAUUGUGUGAUAUUUAAGUAUCGGUUUCUAAACAUGUAUUGUUACCAGUGCCCGCUGUGGGUGCCAUAUGAUUUAUAAAUACUUGUUUCAGCUUUAUGACAGCCUAUGCCAAGUUUCUUUUUCAUGAGAAUCUGUUUUUUUUUUUUUUGUGGUACAGAUAGAUUUUUAGCUUCUAACCUUUUUAACAUCUGGUAAUGUGACUGAUGUGAACAGUUUAAUCACUGACUAUUUUACAGAAGAUCACCCGUUACCAGCCUGAGCAUAGGACACAACUUACAAGAUAUUGACGCUAACACUCGCACGACUAUUUUUAUUCUUCACGUGGUCUUCAGCUGGACAUUCAAACCAAGAACAAAUCUGCUAGCUGCAAUGAGUUCUCAUGGUUGCAUAGCACCUUUUAACCCCCCCCCACAGCACCACAAACCACAGCACAAUACAGUUUGCUGCUAUAGUGAAUGACCUGUGGGUUGGUUUUUUUUUUUUUUUUUUUUGGGUUCUUUCAGUGAAUUCCCCCCCUUUUUAAAGAUGAAUAGUCCCGAACUAAAUCUGUAUUUAAAACACACACAGUAGAUAUAUUUCUUGAAGAGAAAUGGUUUUAUUUCAGAUUUAUUUUCUGCCAUUUUUUUUUGUCUAAAAUUGCAUUGUUGGAAAUUAAUGUAUGUAUAUAUUUUUGACUUAAACUUUCAAGGAAUAAAUCAUGUCGCUUGAGUUAGUUUUUUGCCGUGGACACAAUGUGAUGGUGGUUUGUCUUGGGAUGGUUAGUUGAAUAUUUGUGUGUUUUGGCAAACAAAACUUUCCCCUUAAUCACGUCAGUGUCCCUCUAAUCAACACUUAGGGUUUGAACUGUUUCAUUAACAAAAUACACAAUAAUAAUUUACAACAUUUGUAACUCUUCAUUUGUAGAAAUGACAAUCCGAACUAUUUCACCGCAUUUAGGUUUCUGGUGGUGGCAAAUUAUGAAACCAUUACAAAACACAGACUUUAAUCUUCAAUUUGCUGCUUUCUAAUAUGCUUUUGUGGCAAAAAAAGACCGGACACUCAAAAAAGUGGGAUGUCUAUAUCACAAGAAGUAAGAAUAUAAAGGAGUACAGAGCUGUGACUCUGUAAAAGACGGUAAACAUGUUAGAGUGAUGUUAACAAAGGUACUCUGUGGAGCGUUCAAACACUGGUAGUGCUGUAGAGUAAUGUUUAAUGUUUGGGUCCUCCCUCUACUAGCGUGACGACAAGGGUAAACAUGACCGCAGGAGGCAGACAUGUUUAUAUCAACAGUAGGUGUCAUGGUAAACAGCCAUGAAAGACAAUAAGACCGCAAGCAAGCCAGCGUAGAAAAGAGCCUUUGAACAUCUGCUGUGAUGUUUGGAGAAGCGUUGAACGUGUUUGUUCGGCCUUAGAGACGCAUUGCAUUUUGGGAAGAAAUGUUGAAUGUAAACCUAACUGUGUGUUUACAGGAGAAACUCCACAGGGUACCUUUAAACAGUCGCCCGAGAAACGGCAUGAAUAACAAGUCAUAAUUCAGCAGAUUUCUUUGUGUGCGUGUUGGCAUAAAAAUGGGGUUUUUUACUUGAAUAUUCCCCCACAUAAAAAAACUGAAAAUUAAAAUGCAACAAAAAAAACAGUAAAAACUUUGUUUAAUGCACUUCUUUUGGUUUAAAAUGAGUUUUAUAUUCUAUCGCCAUUACAUACUGUGCUCACAUCAUGUAACAUGAAAACUCUUCAAGGCAGUGUGUUCAGUAUGUUUAAGGAAACAAUGUAAUAUGAAUGAAAAUGCCUUUUUUUUUUUUUUUUUUUACUUGGAUGAGCAGUUUUAUUUUGCUUGUAUUUGUUUAGUGAGUGCACUAAUUGUCUCUCUUAAACAGUUUUCAGCACCAAGCUGCUAAUUGCAAACCUGGGAGGUGUUGACUCUUAAAGCAACAUUUCAUGCCAUUUUCCUUUGCGCUUUAAUAAGGAACAAACUAUUUAUUUGCCUUCUGAGGCCAUCGAUAUCCCUACUUCCCUUGACUGACCUGCGUUGCCCGAGAGAUUUACAACUCAGUAUGUGGCUCCUACACGAAGCUGCUUGAUGCCACAUUUCUAUAACGAGCCACAGAAUGAAAAAUCUCAAGAUUAGCUUUUUAAUAUUCAAAAUUGCUGCAGCUGCAAUGUUGGCAGAUAUUGACAGUGGCUGUGAUUUUUCACAUCUGGCCGUUUGUUUAAGUUGUGUAUCAUUUCUAUGUAGUCCUGCAUUCCCUUCAAAAAAAUGAACAAAAAAAAGAUCCCGAGCGUCUAUUCUUUAUUCUGUUUUGAUUUGUUAUUAACUAAAAUACCUCAUAACUUUUAUAGGAAUAGUUUUUGUCUUGUGUAGAUUUAAAUUGUUCAGAAAGCACUUCACGUUUUGAGACUCCUCCCCCUGAACGUAGGAUUUUAACCCUGAUCGAUAUGAGCGGGAUGAGCCCGUGCUCACGUACAGUAUUUGACUGAAUUGUGCUGACGCUAACAAAACAAGUAAUGAUUUUAGCGGCUACUGCAAACGACCACAUAUUCUAGUAACUAGUAACACUAUUGGCCUUGUCGUAUAUGCUAACCCUCAAAUGCUCACCUGCGUGAUGUCACCAGUUUGUCUACUUGUGUGACGCUCACUUAGCUCAAAUCUAGAAUUGUAUCGAGAGUUCAGGGUUUUAGAAAUGCGGGGUGUGUGAGAAGUGACUAAAUGACAAAUGUCAUAUGCACUGAUCAUCUGUAUAAUCAGCUUUUUAUCAGAAAAUUGUUAUUGUAGAAAGAGAAGAUUAUAAAGCUAUUUACAGAGUUACCUUUGGUUGCCUGGAUUGCAUCCUGUAUAUUCUUGUACGGAGGACGACCUGGCAGACGUUGGAGAGAUUUUAAAUGCUCGCGCCCUCUUGUACAUAUCGAUGUACCUCGACUGUGGCGUUUACUGUGUGACCCUGAGCAGUUGUGGUUUAUGUGUCCCCUCGCAGGGCGACCUGAGCCUCACUUUGCUGACCUUUUUCAGCUCAUAAAUAAGCUCACCGAUUUGCCUUACCCAGUCUCAUGUUGCCCCCCUAAAGUACUUGGUCAACUAAAUACUAUGAGGAGGAGUAAUGCUGCUGACGUUACACUCCAAUAGAUUCAAAACUACCCCCAUGUUAGGGUACUUCAGCUAUCAACAAAGUGACUUUGUCCUGGUUGUCACAUGGUACAACUUUACAACCAUCGCUGGUUUGUGUGCCCCCCCCCAGUGUUACCUUAUUGAAUCUCGGUCUUUACAGCUUCUUUAAUUUUUCACUGCAGAUGAUGUCAUACUUUUUAAACUAAUGCAAGUGUUUUAACAUGGUAACCUCGUAAGCAUUCAAAACGUGCAUACAUACAUUCACGUCUGCUAUAUUUAUGAUUACGUUCAAGCAUAGCUUUAGAGUGCUGUAGAUGAGUAUUGUCAAUGUCCAUUCAAAGGCCUCUGUGAGUGAUUUUACAAAUUUCAAUAACUGUAUAUUUUGUAUUAUGUUCUAGCUCCAAAGGAAUGGCAGAAAAAAAGAAAAUGUUUAAAAAUGCUUUGUUCCUUGAACUAAAUUGUACUAUUUGUGUUGUCGAUUGAACAAAUUGCAUUCCUUGCUUGUGAAUUGAUGCAUUUCUCUCCCUGCUCCUUACAUUUUCUCCCCUUCUUUCCCUCCUUUCUUUCAUUUUUUUUAGCCUUUGAAGUUUGAAUAAAAUUUCUAGUUUGCAGAAUGUAUUACUAAAUAAAUGGGUUGUCAUCUUGUA